ACUGCUAUCUCUCGCCUAACAUCUGAGCAUUCUAAUUCGAUUCUCUCGAGAAGAACCAACAUCGCAGACAGCUCCAAGCUCGCAGACGCAGAGCUUCACCCAAGAUGCCACCAGUGCCAAAUGCCAGGAAGAUUUUGGUGACAGGCGCCACUGGGAAACAAGGAGGGGCUGUACUCGAAGCUUUAAUCGCCAGCAAAGCGCCAUUCCAGAUCCUCGCCCUCACUCGCGAUGCCAGCAAAGCACAAUCUCUUGCCUCAAAGCCCAACGUCACCGUUGUCCAGGGUGAUAUCACGAACCCCGCCUCGAUCUUCGAAGCCAACAAACCCCUCUACGGCGUGCUCUGCGUAACUGUCCCGGGCAAGCAUGGCGCAGAGGAGGCACAAGCAAAGCCCCUCAUCGACGAAUCGAUCAAAAACGGGGUCGAGCAUUUCGUAUUCACUUCUGUGGACCGAGGAGGAGACAAGAGCGAGACAAACCCUACAAACAUCGAACACUUCGCCUCGAAGCAUCGAAUUGAGGAAUACCUAAAAGAGAAGUCUGGGAAUGGAAACAAGAUGUCUUACACAAUUUUACGACCUGUGGCGUUUAUGGACAAUCUCAACCCAAGCUUCUUUGGCAAGGCGUUUGCAGGCAUGAUAGGUGGACUGGGCAAUAAACCUCUCCAGCUUAUCUCUGUCCAUGAUAUUGGCUUGUUCGGUGCGAGAGCCUUUACAGAUCCAUCGUUCAAGAACAGGGCGAUUGGACUGGCUGGUGACGAAUUGACGCUCGCACAAACGAAGAAGGUGUUCAAGGAUACAAUGGGGUCUGAUCUGCCACAGACUUAUGGCUUCGUGGGCUCGGGCAUUAAAUGGAUGGUCAAAGAGGUGGGAACUAUGUUCAAUUGGUUCCGGGACGAAGGUUACGGUGUUGAUAUUCAGGCCUUGCGGAAGGAAGAGCCCAGACUGCAAGAUUUCAGCAAGUGGUUGAAGGAAAGCAGCAAGUUUCCCAAGCAGUAAGAAUUCUGGUCCUACUUUCCAGCUUUUAUUAUGCAUUCGUAUUUUCUCUAUGGUUUGGGCGUUCCAAGGAGGUGUUCUGAGUGUCUUCGUUUACUGAGAUUUAUUUGAUGGUUGGAUUUGAACGCCAACUUGGUCCACGAUGA